AAAAACUAAAAUACAAUACACAAAUAUAUAUUUGCUUUUUACUGUACAACCUGUUUGACCUUGAAGGCGUCUCAUGAACUUGGAUGAGAUCCUAUGUGUGGUCACUGUGAUAUUUCUGGCCCCGGCACGCUCAGCUGUGUUUAGUGUGCUGAGUCGUGGCUGAAGAACCUCACGUCUGAGUCACGGUGUCGUCGUCCCCUUUACUAAUAAUGGGACAUGAAGACCAGGACUGAGGAAUGACAGAACCAUCUGGAAGUGUUAGAGUCAAGUAUAAAACCGGUCCUCGUGUAGAAGCCCACCAGAUCAGACAGCAGGACUAGAAUCAGCUCCACAAAGAAGAAGAACCAAGAGACAUCAUGCUGAGCCUUCAGCUGGCUAAGAAGCCCACACCAAGCCCUUUCAGGCCUCUUCUCCGUCCCCUGUGGCCAUUGUCUAUGGACAUCUUCUCCAGCCUGGAACAAGACAUGAUACACACUCUAGAAGACAUAAUAGCCAGCAUGAAGCUGAUGGGCCGAUUUCACCAGCAGCUUCUUCAAGAAACCACUGAGGCUAAGAGUCUUCCAGUGCUAGCCUCCAGCAUGACAAAGUCCAUCGAGAUCAAGACUGAGACUCCAACCUCCACUAACUCAAAGUCCAUAAAGAUCAAGACUGAGACUCCACCAACCUCCACUAACUCAAAGUCCAUCGAGAUCAAGACUGAGACUCCACCAACCUCCACUAACUCAAAGUCCAUCAAGACUGAGACUCCACCAACCUCCACUAACUCAAAGUCCAUCGAGAUCAAGACUGAGACUCCACCAACCUCCACUAACUCAAAGUCCAACGAGAUCAAGACUGAGACUCCAUUGACCUCCACCAAAAAUAAGGCAGAGAAUGCUGUAACCAUCAGCGACAUAAAGUCAUCUGAAGGAGGUUUCGUGGUUUCUCUAGGGGUCCAAGGUUUUUCUCCCCAAGAGCUGACAGUCAAGCUGGUAGAAAAGAAACUUCUGGUGAGCGGAGCCAAGGAAUGCAAGAGCGACGAUGGGAAAGGUUCUUUCUUCUACAAGUGUCAGAUCUUCAGGAAGGAGGUGGAUCUUCCCCAGGAUGUGAGACCUGAAGACCUGAAGUGCACAGUGACCAAUGAGAGCCAACUGCAGAUAGAAGUGUUCCGGACACCUUCCCAGGAGAGGACUGUGCCCAUACAGCAUGCCGCCCUUCAUGCCAAGACCCUGGUCUCCAGCAGUGGCAAAGACUCUCGAUCUUAA